AUGGAACCUGGACGAUGGACUGGGUCGGCUGCCGACUACGCACGGGCGGCGUCGCUGCCAAACCUCCUCCAAGGCAAGGUGCUCAAUGAGCAUGUAGAGCCUCAGUGGAGUUCAGACGGCACGCGGCUGUGGUAUUUGUGGCAGGUUGCGUUGGAUGGCCGCAACGAAGUGUGCGUCGUCGACGUGCAUACUGGCGAGUCGCUCGUGGACAACGAUCGCUAUAUCGCGUACUGGUUCUGGAACGUGGACAAGUGGAACGGCAACAUCCACGACGUGGUGGGACAACCGGGGGGGUUUGCGUACACCACGUACAUUAUCAACGGGGGCUUGGAAUGUGGCCCGAACCCGGCCAACAAGGAGUCGGAGAAGUCCCGCAUCGCCAAUUACAUCAAGUUUGCCAACUUGCUCGGCGUAGCCCCAGGCGAUAACUUGUCCUGCCAGACCAGUGCCUUCCCCCCAAGCACUCCGUGGCCCAAGCCUGUGACCACCAAGACCCCCCCCUCUACGUCGCCAACCACGACCAAGACCGUCACCACAUCUACCCCAACCACGACCAAGCCCAUCGUGACCCCCGCGCCUACCACGACCAAGCCCAUCGUGACCCCCGCGCCUACCACGACCAAACCCAUCGUUACCCCCACGACGACCCCCCCGCCGUCCAACCAGUGCAAUGGCAACCGCAACGUCUGCUUCUGGCCACUCACGCAACAAGUGCUGCCGUAUGCCAAGUCCGACUGCCAACUCUUUCCUUCGUUUGUGUGGUGUGAUUAA